AUGCCCGCCAGCGACGAUGCAACCUACUACCACGACGACCCCGCCUGGGGCGACGUCCAGCCGCUGGCGCAGGACGACGGCGCGCUGCAUCCGCUCGCGUCCAUUGCCUACACGGACGAGUACAGCGAGGCCAUGGGCUACCUGCGCGCCGUCAUGGCCGCCAACGAGUACAGCGAGCGCGUGCUGGCUCUCACCGAGCACAUCAUCUCGAUGAACCCCGCCCACUACACCGUCUGGCUCUACCGCGCCAAAGCGCUGCGCGAGACGGGCGCCGACCUCGCCCGCGAGAUAGCCUGGCUCAAUCCGACGGCGCUGCAGCACCUCAAGAACUACCAGAUCUGGCACCACCGCCAGACCAUCGUCGACGCCCUGGGCUCGCCCGCCGGCGAGGCCGACUUCAUCGCCACGAUGCUGGAGCAGGACUCGAAGAACUACCACGUCUGGAGCUACCGCCAGUGGCUGGUCCAGCGCUUCGACCUGUUCGCCAGCGACGACGAGCUACGCUGGACCGAGGCCAUGAUCGACGACGACGUGCGCAACAACUCGGCUUGGAACCACCGCUGGUUCCUCGUUGUCGGCGGCCACGGUGGGCGCAUGGAGAGCCCGCGCCUCGCGGAGCGAGAGCUCGAGUACGCCAAGUAUGCCAUCCGCAAGGCGCCCCAGAACCAGAGUCCCUGGAACUACAUCAAGGGCGUGGUCCGCGCCGCCGGUAUGCCCUUAUCGACCCUCACUAGCUUUGCCCUCGAAUUUGCCGACAUGCACCGGCCCGACGACAUCUACUCCAGCCACGCGCUCGAUCUCCUGGCAGACAUCUACGCAGACGAGGAGGGCAGCAAGGAAGAGGCCAAGAAGGCGUUGGACCUGCUCGCCUCCCGAUUCGAUCCCAUAAGGGCACACUACUGGAACUAUCGUAAAGCUCUGCUUGAGGUGCCCGAGACAGCGGCAUAG